AUGGGGCGACUUCCGUUGCUGGCGGUACUACUGUUGGGCGUGGUUGUGCUAGUGCAGGGUUCGAGUGACACCGCUAAUGGCAAGAGUGAAGUCGGUAGUGUGACAUACCUGGACGUGCUGCGAAGGAUAACGAACCUGCGGGGUGAUGAUAUACGCAAGAAUCUACGUUCCCUACGCCAGCUUGCCAUACAGCAUGGGCUGAUUAGCCGCAGUGAUGUGAAUGAACCCGUGGCCAGCAACGAAGAGCAAUCGUCGGAAGGGGAAGAAUCUUCGCUGGAAUCAGAACCGGGUCAGGAUGUUACGGCCAUUGCUGAAGGUCGUAAGAAGGGCGGCGGAGGUGGCAGUAACAAUAACAUUGUAGUUACUGGUGGUGGCGGCGGACACGACGACGGUUCGUACUCGAUCAGCAUCGAGGAAGGGGGCCACAAGAAGGGCAAAAAGGGCAAAAAGGGCAAGAAAGGCAAGAAGCACCGCAAACAUAAGCGCAAGGGCUGGAAAAAGCACAUGAAGAAAGCCGUCCCGAUCGGAAUGGGAAUACUCGCCCUGAAAGCCAUACUGUUGCACUUCGUUCUGAAGAAGCUUGUGCUGGCGACGGCCCUGUCGUUGCUGCUGAGUAAAAAGUCACUGCUCGUAUCGUCGCUGAUUGCGCUGAAGCUGUUGCUGCAGCAGCCACACAGCAAUGACAAGAGCGAAAGCAGCAAGCUGGAGGUGGUCCACAUUCCGAUCCGCAAAGAUGCCGGUUUUCACAAGAAGCACCAACAGCACCAGGUACCAUCGGGCAAGAUGAAGUUGCCACCCAUCGGUACGUCACCGCCGAGCACGACCAAGGCACCGGCCUCUAGCCUGUCACUGUUCGAUCCGUACGUCGGGACCACGCCGCACCAGAUCCUGCACACGCACCAGCAGAUGGCUGACUUUGGUGGCAAGUACAUCCCGCUCGGGUACGAAACCAAUCAUUUCCACUUCGAUGCCACUCCGUCGGUGGCCGCUUUCGGUGAUUCGAGCCUUAACUCGGUGCAGAACGUGGAGCAGUUCUUCGACGAUGCAGACGAGCUGCAGUUUGAUCGGCAGGACAACGGUUGGGACGGUUGGAGCGGAUGGAAUCGUGGCGAGCGGUAUGAGCAGACGGGACCUUCUUCACCAGCUAGCGGUGUAGUGGCAGGUGGUACUGGCGGUGGUGCUAGCGACGCUGGCUCUUACGGCGGUUGGGGUGGAACAGAAUACGGAACAGCAGCAUCGGAGCAGCAGCAGCAGCAACAGCAGCAGACGAGCAGUAGCUACGGUCCGCUUAAUCGGAGCCGGUAUGGUGAAGUAUACGACGGUUAUCGACAGAUAGCGCAGGCCAAUAACCCGCCACGGCUGCACCAGCUAAUCGGUAGGAGAAAGCGAAAGUUCUAA